UUUAUAUCAAACACUAUUCAUUUUCCACAUGAUGAACACUAUAAGAUCAACAUUGACAACCAUUGCUUUGGUUAAUUCACUUUGAGAUAAUGGCGGUGAGUCGAGUCGAGUUUGUUGCAGCAAGAGUUGCACUAGCGGCGUUUCUAGUGUGUGCUGGGAUUAUAAUUGGGUAUUUCAGUACUAGUACACCCAAACAGAUGACCCUGCGGGAUGUAGCUGGAGAUACAUGUAAAGGUGACCAAGAUGAUAACCGUGAAUAUAUCAACUUCAAAAAACUAAUAAAGGAAGCUAAUGGUUCCAUCGCAGAUAGAAUCACGGAUGAAAUUAACAAGACCGAAAUUAAGAAAACACUCAGAAAAUUAUUGUCUCAACAACCCCCUGUUGCUGGUACCCAAGCUGAAUUGGAACGAGCUCAUUAUAUCAGAGAAAAAUGGUUAAAGUAUGGAAUUGACGAAGUGAAUAUAUUACCCUACGAUGUACUGCUUAGCUACCCCGGGGAUGUGAAAAAGAAUCCAAAUAUCUUGCAAAUUCUAGAGGAGGACGGUACAGUUGUGCAUGAAGCAACGUUAAAUGAACCUAUCCUUGAUCGACGAAAAGACAAACACGACAUUUUACCACCGUGGCUUGCUUACACACCGGGUGGCGAGGUCGAAGGGGAGCUGGUGUACGCUAAUCGUGGUUCAUUGGAAGAUUUUAAGCUACUAACUGAUGUACUGGGCAUUAAUGUCACCGAUAGAAUAGUUAUUGCACGUUAUGGUGACAUUUAUCGAGGAAAUAAAAUAAAGCAUGCGCAGCUUUACGGAGCUAAGGGAGUCAUUCUCUUCUCUGACCCCGGAGACGUAACCGAGGAAGGUGCCGGUGUUUAUCCGGAUUCAGAAUAUCUCCCUGAAUAUGGCAUGCAACGAGGGACAACAAAAAGCGGAUACGGAGACCCUUUAACACCUGGCUAUCCUGCAAUUGACAUUACCCAACGUAUCUCUAUUGCAGAUGCAGAAAAUUCAACAAGGCUGCCACGGAUUCCUGCACAACAGAUAGGUUAUGCUGACGCCAAAAAGUUUUUCGAAAGCAUCGACCCUUCAAGUCAGGAGGCCCCUGUAACUUGGCGGGGAAAGAUAAACACAACAUAUAGGUUGGGCCCUAAGAUGGUGAACAAUAGAGUUGUAAGGCUGGUUUCUAGGAACACAAGAGAAACCCGUACUACACAUAAUGUAAUAGGAAUUAUCAGGGGAUGUAUUGAACCGGAUAGAUACGUCAUGGUCGGAGGUCAUCACGAUGCUUGGGUAUCAGGAGCAUUUGAUAACACACAGGGCACAGCCCUUUUACUCGAACUAGCAAGAGUUUUUGGCAAGUUGUUAUUUUGUGGAUGGCGUCCGCGUCGAAGUAUUAUACUUGCGAGUUGGGGUGCUGAAGAAUAUGGCUUAAUUGGUGCAAACGAAUUUGUCGAAGAAUUCUCGAAAAACCUGGCUGAAAGGGCUGUCGCAUACAUCAAUACAGACGUGUCAGUUAUAGGUCGAAAGUUCUUUUUUACGUUAAGUUCUCCUCUUCUAAACAGUGUUAUUUAUCGUGCCACUGAAUUCAUCAAAUCACCAGAUGCAGAAUAUAAUACACUUCGGGAGUUCUGGAGUUCUCGAGAAAAACAUGUAUUGAACAAUUCUAAUGACGAACCAGUAAUCUUUAAAUUGGGAGCGCGAAGCGACCAUGCUCCCUUUUAUAACAUAAUAGGAGUGCCGAGUAUGAACUCCGGGCGAUUUGGAAAUGAUACAUCCUCGUACCCUCUCUAUCAUAGUGCAUAUGAGACUUUCAGAGCAGUGAAAAUGUUCAUAGAUCCCACGUUUGAGUACCAACAAGCGAUCGCUAGACUAGUCGGUGAAAUGGUAAGGCUCCUCGCCGAAGAACUUGUUCUGCCAAUGGAUGUUCGUUAUUACGCUAAAGACAUAACAACAACUUUUGCUCAAAUAAAAAAGAGAUUUGGAACAAAACUUGACAGUGAAAAUAUAACCCUGUCAAAGUUUGAAGAGGCUGUCGAAAGUUUUGCAAACGCAACUGAGUUGUUCAAUAUUAUGGCGGAAAACGUUGACAGACAUGAUCCAAUUGCCGUGAGAAUGUUGAACGAUAAAAUGAUGUUGUUGGAACGAGCAUUCAUCGAUCCACUAGGGUUACCUGGAAGACCUCUGUAUCGUCAUAUAGUAGCCGCUCCAAGCAGAAGCAAUGCCUGUAAUUCGGUGGGGUUUCCUGGUGUCGUUGACGCUAUCGCUGACACCGAAGAUUUGGCAGUUGAUGAUAAGGUUAACGGUUGGAGACUUGUUCGGAAAGAAAUUGCAAAAGCUAUAUUUGCACUCAAAUCUGCUGGAUCAACUCUUUUGGGUCACGUAAAACUUGGACGCUAAAUUAUAUUUUCUAAAGACAAUGGCUUCUUUCGGACUUUAAGAUAACACACCAUUGUACAUAAUUUGGGAAAAUUCUUGUAUAUAUUUAAGCUUUCCAUAGGCAGUUGAUGAUAAGGUAAACGGUUGGAGUGUAGUUCGGAAAGAAAUUCAAAAACUAUAUUUACACUCAAAUCUGCUGGAUCAACUCUUAUUGGACACGUUAAACUUGGACUCUAGAUUAUAUUUUGUAAAGACAAUGCUUCAUUCGGACUUUGAGAUAACACACCAUUGUACAUAAUUUGGGAAAAUUCUUGUAUAUUUAAGCUUUCCAUAGGCAGUUGGUGAUAAGGUUGUAGUGUAGUUAUGAAAGAAAGUGCAAAAGCUAUAAUUGCACUCAAGUCUGCCGUAUCAACUCAUUUUGGACACGUUAAACUUUGACGCUAGAUUAUAUUUUUUGAAGCAAAUGGCGCAAUCCUGACUUUGAGAUAAUACACCAUGAGCGUAGCCAAGGGGGUGCGAUAGGUGCACCAUAACCCAUAACCCCCAUAACCAAUGAAAAUAAAAUUAUUAGAUAGAGGAAGAAAAGAGCUUCAAAAUGCUUUUUAUUUGAAGUUUCUAACUCAAUUUUGAAGGAAGUUCCAUCAAUUUUUUAAAUUCAAAAGAAAUCUUUAAAAAAAACAAUUUUUUGAUCGCUCAUGCCACGAUCGCAAAUUCGCAACCCCCCCCCCCCUCUCUGACUGAAAACCGAAAUGUUUUGACGAUCGCACCCCUUGACCGAAUGAGGUAUAUCCAGAAUUAUGGCAAUGUCUAUACUUUCUAUACAUUGUCUAUACUUUCUAUACUUUCGAUCUCCUUUUUCAUACUAUCUGCCUUCGACGUUCUAUACUUUCGGUACUUU